AUGGCGACUAUUGCACCUCCCCCGAGUCCUACGCUAUCGGAACUGCCUCUCGAACAACUUAGCCUUUACUAUGUCAUCGACUCGUGUUUAUCAUCCAUCCUCGUGUUCUACGGCGCUGUCUCCACCGCCAAUGCGACUGUCAGCAGCUCGCGCAUUCAAGCCCAUAUCUUCACAACAGCCGGCUUUCAAAGUUAUCCUCGAAUAACGGUAUCUCCCGCUGCUCCCGUGUAUGCGGCGGUCAACCACCUACCCCGCGACAAACAAGGUGACGAGGUCUGUCGCGGACUGGCAGUGAGCAUGUUGAGAUACUUUGCCGAGCUGUCUGAGCCAGUCAAGCAACGUUUGACCGGGGUGGCUCGUGCAGGUCGGCCCGGAAAGCCCCCAAAGAUGUUUGAUGAAAUGCACGCGGCAGAUUUGGCCAACCGGAUGGCCAAAGUGGAUGAUCCAACGGAGAUCAUUCGAGAUAUUCGGAGCGCAUAUCAAGAACGCAAAGUUCCAUGGAUUGAUAUCGAUGUUGUACUCCCUGCGGACACUAUACAACCAUCCAAGCGACGCGAGAGCGCGGGAUCUGACAUGGAAGCUAGCCAAGACCCCCAGUUUGGACCAUACACACCACUCAUCGAGGCGCUGGGGGAUCCUAUGUUCUUGCCAACAUCUCGACUGAAGCGGGCGCCUUCUCAACCGACCAAUGUCAGCAAAUCGCGGACUUUUGCGAGAAGCCAGAAAGAGGCUCUCCGUUUAACAAUGUGUGAGCUUGUUGAUACCGAGGAGCGAUACGUUGCGAAGCUGUAUUCCCUUGUCCAUGAGGUUGCGGACGAAUUCCGCCAAAAGGCCCAUGAGAGGCGGCCAUCAAGCACUAGCCCCUCCGAGGAAGCUUUGGCAGCAUUGUUCCCACCGUGUUUGAAUGACAUUCUGAGUAUCAACCUUGGCUUUCUUGAUGUCAUUCGACAGGUCCUGGAUGAAACAGAGAAAGAUGCCAUUACAGAUAUUGGCCAUGACACGGAGCUUCCUUCUACGCGAGGACGCUCAAGGGACACCAAAGAUGCGCUCGGAGCCGUGGCAUUUGCCAAGGCCCUCCUCGAAUGGCUUCCUCGAUUUUCAGAGCCAUACAAAGAUUACAUGCGCGCGCACACCGGGUUUACCCAGACUUUGAAUUCGUUCAUGAAGGAUAGGGAUUCCAGCUUUUCGAGAAGAGUAUACGAAACCGGAGAGCAGAGAUUACGAUCUUUGCUGAUGGAGCCCGUUCAACGACUUCCUCGAUACAGUCUUCUAAUCGACACCAUGACAGGCAGUCUGCCCUUGGUUCAUCCGGCUGUGCGAACUCUGUUGAAAGCGCGAGACAUUGUGAAGGACAUUUGUGCAUUGGAUAACGAUUCCCCAUCCAGCCAUGCACAAGGCCUAGAACGAUUGAGAGAGCUUGUUACUGGAUGGCCUGUCAAAACUUUCCCCGAAGGUCGCUUGAUCACUGCUGUCGAUUUCAACGAGAUUACCCCUCCAUACAACCUGGAUACCCAGUCAUCUGGCCCUAAUGCAGGGAUUUUGCUUCUCUACAAAAAUUGUCUAGUUCUUCUGGCAAAGCCUGCUGAAAGCAAAUCUACCGCCCGUGCGUUGUUGGCUGAUAUUGACAAUGCAGCCUCGCCUACCGCUGAUAUGUCCAUGUCUUUACCUCAAUCGGAACUCCAAGUUGCAAAAGUAUUGGAAUUCCACAAGGUUCGAUGUAUGCAAUCCACCUGUGGCCGAAUGCUGUUUGUUUUGCCAAUCGCAAGCAACACCAUACCAGCCGACAUAAACACACCAUCGGACUUGCUUGCAUUGGAGUUAACAGCCAUGUACGAAGGAAGAGCCAAUCGCUUGAUAGAGGAAAUUUCAAAGGCGAAGAUUGAAGGCCGAUUCCCAGAAAGCGAACGAGAAGGAGGAAAGUGGUCCCUACGGAGCCCUACUGGUUUGGCCAGUAAUGUCGGUAUUUUGGCCUGCGUGUGUGAGUAUGGCCAAAGUCCUACGUUGAGCCAGGAUUACUCGUCCCAAAUCCGAGUUGUAUUCGAUACCUCCAAGGCUGCCUGUGGACAAAUCUUGAAAAGCACUAAUCUGGAGGUUGUCAUAUCGAUAUCUCCUCCGAAUGGAGACCAGUAUAGAUUGGACAUCGAGACUGUGGUUGGCUCUGGAUCUACCGAUCUGAUCACAGUGGACACCUUUGUCCCCACUCUCUCACGACGCCUUCAAUAUCUUUUGUCGCCUUUACACAGCCCUCGAAACCCCAUAUUGACGGAGCCACUGGUCCAUUCCAAUUUUGAAACUCUUCGGUAUAUCGCCAGUAGCUUGAUCACACAAGUCAAGUCUUCGCGAGGGUUCCGACCACCUUCGCCAACCAAACUGAUUUCCAACCUUUUGGGGGUAGUCGUGACAAUGUCCCAACACUAA